UCGUCGUGCACAUAUACAUAUACUUUGGCACGAAACACGAAAUGUGAUGAGUAGUAGUAGUUCAUAUAUGGAUUGGAUAUAUUAUUUGACAUUUGAAAGCCGAUAAUCGGCGAAUUUAUUGGCAAUAAAAUACCACGAAAAAAAUAAUUAAUCAUAACUAGGAAAGAUUCGUGAUGGCUUCACCGGCCCCAAAAUCACCAGAGCAAUCGGAAAAAAACCGUAAAUAUGACCGGCAGUUGAGAUUAUGGGGGGAUCAUGGGCAAGCUUCACUGGAAGUGGCUCAUAUUUGUGUAAUUAACGCCACAGGACUUGGUACUGAGAUCUUAAAAUCUCUUGUCCUUCCCGGUAUUGGUGCGUUUACAAUUGUUGAUGGCCAUAAAAUUACACACGAAGAUAUUGGUGCUAAUUUUUUCCUAGAUGCGGAUAGCGUUGGAAAAUCAAGGGCUCAGGUGGCAACGCAAAUGUUGUUGGAACUGAAUCCAGAUGUUAGAGGCGACUACAUAGACGAAGGGCCUGACCAAAUACUCGAGAACAGUCCAGAGUUUUUUAAUAAUUUUUCUGUCGUUGUGACGACUGCUUUGCCGGAAAAGCCAUUAAUAACUCUAUCGAGGAAGUUGUGGGACUUGAAUAUCCCGCUGAUUGUUUGUCGCAGCAUAGGAUUCAUAGCGUAUAUGAGAGUUCAAGUGAAAGAGCAUACGAUCGUAGAAACUCAUCCAGACAAUGAAAUGCCAGAUUUGCGUUUGGAUCGACCGUUUGAAUGUUUGAAAAGUUAUCUAGACGCUAUAGAUUUGGAUUCAAUGGAUUUGAAAGACCAUUCGCAUACUCCUUACGUCGUGAUACUCUACAAAUAUUUGCAAAAGUGGAUCGACGAGCAUGGUGAUGUUCCUAAAACCUACAAGGACAAGGGAAGACUGCGGGAGCUUAUAAUCAGUGGAAUAAGAAAAGAUGAAAACGGGUCACCUAUUGGAGAGGAAAACUUUGAGGAAGCUGCGAAAGCUGUCAAUACUUCUAUUACCACGACCAAAGUUCCGAAAUCUGUUAUGGAUAUUCUCAAUGAUGAGCGUUGUGUCAAUUUGACUGCCAAGAGCAGCCAAUUUUGGAUAAGUGCAAAAGCAGUACGUGAUUUUCUGGAGAACGAAGGCUCAGGAUUAUUGCCAGUAAAAGGAUCUCUGCCUGACAUGACUGCGGACAGUGAAAAGUAUAUCGCUCUUCAACAGAUAUACCACAAAAAAGCAAUGGCGGAUGUAGAGGCAGUUUGGCGACAUACGUUACAAUUGUUACGACAAUUAGGACGUUCCUCGGAUUCGAUUUCCGAAAAAGAAGUCAAAUUGUUUUGCAGACACGUUACGGACAUUCACGUCGAAAGAGGAACUUGUAUCGCUGAUGAAUACGAUCCAAAAACAAUUAACGCCAAUGAUAUUGCUCAAAGUCUCGAAAAUGCUGACAGUAUGCUCGUGUAUUAUGUUCUUCUGAGAGGAGUGGAGAAAUUUCAAACAGAGUACAACUCCUACCCAGGCGAAUUUGACGAUCACGUCGAACCGGAUAUCGUCAAACUCAAGGGUUGUAUAUCGAAACUCCUGGGCGAAUGGGGUUGCGGAAGCCUCUCGAAGGACGAUUACGUUCACGAAUUUUGUCGUUUCGGUGGUUGUGAAUUACACUCGGUUUCUGCGUUUUUGGGUGGACUCGCAGCUCAAGAAACGAUCAAAUUUAUAACUGGCCAAUAUAAACCGAUUCACAAUACUUUUAUACACGACGCGGUAACGUCGAAUUCUACGACAUUUUUCUUCUGACAAAAGCGAGAUAAUAUUUUUUAUAAUUUUUGAAUCAGAAGAAACGUUGCAGAGUAGAGGGAUAAAUGUGGAAAAAUACAGAUAAAAGAUACAGACUCUCAA